AUGGCACCAGGUAUCAAGAUGAGCAGAGAUGUGGCAGAUUCCACGGAUGUCCACAGCGCUCUCAGCCAGGUGGAGACAGGACAGAUUAAAACCGAAGACCUCAGUGACUCCCUGCAGGAGUCCCUCUCCCAUCGGCCAUGCCACCUGUCUCAAGGACCUGCCGUAAUGUCUGGAAACCAAAUGUCUGGGGACAUGGCUUCCCUCCAUCCGCUCCAGCAGCUCGUGCUGGUUCCCAGCCACUUACAGACUGUAUCCCAGUUCCUGCUAUCUCAGACCCAGACUGGGCAGCAAGGUCUGCAGCCAAAUCUUCUCCCCUUUCCACAGCAACAAAGCAGCCUCCUCCUCCCACAGACAGGGCCCGGCCUUGCGUCCCAGGCCGUCGGGCGCCCUGGGCUGCCGGGAUCCUGUGUAGAGUCCCAUCUGGAAGCAUCCCCACAUCUCCCAGUGCCCAAGCAUCUGCCCAGCUCUGGAGGGGCUGAUGAGCCCAGCGACCUUGAGGAGCUGGAGAAGUUUGCCAAGACCUUUAAGCAGAGGCGCAUCAAGCUGGGCUUCACCCAGGGAGACGUGGGGCUGGCGAUGGGGAAGCUCUAUGGCAACGACUUCAGCCAGACAACCAUCUCGCGAUUUGAGGCCCUCAAUCUGAGCUUCAAGAACAUGUGCAAGCUCAAGCCUCUGCUGGAGAAGUGGCUCAAUGAUGCAGAGUCCUCUCCUUCGGACUCCUCAGUCAGCACCCCCAGCUCUUACCCCACCCUCAGCGAGGUAUUUGGUAGGAAGAGGAAGAAACGGACCAGCAUCGAGACCAACAUCCGCCUGACACUGGAGAAGAGAUUUCAAGACAACCCCAAGCCCAGCUCAGAGGAGAUCUCCAUGAUUGCAGAGCAAUUGUCCAUGGAGAAGGAGGUGGUGAGGGUCUGGUUCUGCAACCGUCGCCAAAAGGAGAAGAGAAUCAACUGCCCUGUCACCACACCCAUCAAACCACCCGUCUACAAUUCCCGGCUGGUCUCCCCCUCAGGGUCUCUGGGCCCCCUUUCUGUCCCUCCAGUCCACAGCACCAUGCCUGGAACAGUAACGUCAUCCUGUUCCCCUGGGAACAACAGCAGGCCCUCGUCUCCUGGCUCAGGACUCCAUGCCGGCAGCCCCGCUGCAUCUCAAAAUAACUCAAAAUCAGCAGUGAACUCCUCCAGUUUUAACUCUUCAGGAUCUUGGUACCGAUGGAACCAUCCCACCUACCUCCACUGAGACCAAAAAGUUUCUCCCACUCCACCUGGCCCUGGAUUCCCCACUGGAAGGAAAGGAGUCUUGCCUUCUACAUAUGGACAGAUUACUUUAAGAAGAGUGGAGGAGAAUCCCCACCACCACUGAACCCACCUCUUGCCUUCUUCAGGAGCAAGGGCCUCUGGAGAUCCAAACUGUGAUUGAACCAUGUGCUGAUUCUUACUGCUCUUGAAAUAUAUACCCCCCUCCUAGGAGUUUGACAUCUUCACCUUCCUUAUCUGUGCCCUUAUCUUCCAGUUCAAGACAUUUUAGACGGCUUCCACUUUGGCAGUGGUCUUUCAGAGAAAGAACUAGUUGGCCAUUAUUCUCCAACUCAUCUGUGGUCUUGUGAGGAUAGCCUUUUGCCUAGUGAGUCAAACUACCAGAAGCGAAGAUAAUGGUUUUGCUUCUGAACUUAGCCACAAUCCCUGAACUGAUCCCAAAAUCUGUGAAGAGAUUUGAAUCUGAUGUUUCCACCAAAGUCACGAUGCCUUCUCUGUUCAGCAAAGUUUUCUGACUAAAUCUUCAUUUCACCCCAUUUUCUCUUUAACUCCCCCCUUUUCCUUUUCCUAGAACCAAAUCCAUUCAUUAUUGCAUUCUCCAAGUUCCCUCCUCUUUCCAGAAGGCAGAGCCACUCUCAGUCCCCUGGGCACAUUUCUCUACCCAUAGAUGCUCUUCUAUCCACUAGUAUCUGCCCCAGAAUUCAGAAGUGCUUGUUCUUUCUCUCUGUCUCUGUGUUUCUCCUUCACUCAUCUCUCCCUUCUUCUGGCUGCAGAAGGAAGAACACAAAAGCAAACACACAAUAGUGAUGCUGGCAAAAUACCUGUAUAUAGCCCUUUCCUAUUUUUGCCUUAUGUUCUUCUCUCUUUAAUGUGGAAUUUUUUCAGCAACAUGUUUAACUCAGGUGUGAAUUUUGAAGGCAUUUCUGUAAUAUUUUAUCCCUUCAAAAAAAAAAGAAAAAGAAAGGAAAAAAUACCAAAGGGUGAACUGCUGUGCUAUCUUCCACAGAAUUCCCAUGUGGGAUGGGAAUCUUUGUUGAUACUUUGGGAAUGUUCUCUAGAGUCUCCUUCUUUGUGGGCCAGUGUGUAGACAUGUAACAUGAGGCCAUUCCAGAAAUGGUAACUUUUUUUUAAAAAGGCUGCAUAUUCAGGAAAAUGUUGAGAUUCAAAGGAAUCUCUCUGCUCCUAAGUAAAUGUGUAU